AUGUGCUUUAGUACAUUUAGGAAUGCCUUUUACACUCAUACAACACCAAGACAUGAAGUUAGCCAAACGAGAGAGAAGAGAUGCUCCAUCUGGGUCUUUUGCCAGCAUCUAGAGGAGCUGUCCCUCAAUGACAACUGCAUCUCUAGGCUCGACGGUGUGUCCAAACUGCACCAGCUCACUAAGCUCAGUGUGAAUGGGAAACAGCUGUCCUGUCUGGAUGGCACUGUCCUGGACCGGAUGCCCAACCUCCACUUCUUGUCUGUGGAGAACAACUGCAUUGGCUCCCUGAACGGGGUGCAUAGGGCCCGCUCACUAUUUGAGCUGUACAUAGGCAACAACAUCAUCACCUCCACACGAGACAUCUACCACCUAAAGGCUUUGACAAACUUAAUCAUUCUGGAUCUGUACGGUAAUCCUUUAGUGGAUAAACUGGAAAGCUACAGGAUUUAUGUGGUGUUCCAUCUACCCUCUCUAAAGGCACUGGAUGGGGUUGCAGUGGAAAUGACGGAGUGUGAGAACGCCAAGGAUGUGUUUGGUGGACGCCUGACCCCUGACAUGGUGGCAGAGAAACUGGGACACUCUAACUACUCCGACGUCGUUGAUCUCAACCUGCAGUCCAGUGCUAUCAGUAUGGUGGACCUGGCCCCAGCAGACCUGUUCCACAACAUGCACAGUGUCAACCUGGAGCACAACAACCUCACCUCCUUCAGUGGCCUUGUCUACCUGCCCAACAUCAAGGCACUAUGUUUGAACUAUAACCACAUAGAAUCCAUCCUGCCCAGGCAGAAGGCCCAGGCCCCCCUGACUAACAGACAGAUUCUCUAUCACAAGGUGAACUCCAGUGGCUAUGGCCAGCAGGGCUCAUCAAAAGGCAGCAGGGAAGUGGGUCCUGUGGACAGCCUAGAGCCACUAAUGAGCAGCCUGGAGGUGCUGCAUUUGAGCCACAAUGGCAUCUCAAAUAUGGCCAAUCUGCAGCUCAGCAGGCUCACAAAUCUCAAAGCACUCUUCCUCCAAGGUAAUGAGAUCAGCCAGGUGAAGGGCUUGGAGGGUCUGCAUCAGCUCCGGGAGCUGGUCUUGGACCGGAACCGGAUCAAGGCCCUGGGGGAGAACUCCUUUUUUGGUCAGGCUUUUCUGCUGGAGCUGCACCUGGCAGAGAACCGCCUACGGGAACUUAACCACCUCUAA